UUCUCUUUCAAAUGUCUCGCUCUUCUUAGCUUCUCCUCCUAUGUUUAUAUUUAUACAUGGGUUUUGCUUUUGUUCUUCAUUUUGGGAGGAAAAUUGGUUUCUUAAUGAGAUUCAGGAGGAGAAGGCAAUGCUUUCCAUCUUGCUCUUCCCUCCAUGAAGCUGAUGAAGAUGAAAUAUAUUGGAGACAGAGAAGGGGUGACGAAGAGUUAGAAUGGUCACAUCGUUCCACCCCUGUAAUAUUACAGCUAGCUCAAUGUAUUACUAAUGCUAUGGUUGGACCACGAACAUGGAUUGGAGGACUUUUCAAUCGCUCAGGCAACAGAAAGAGUGAUCUUCAGUACCCGUUGAGUCCUCUUCAGGAGGAAAGGUUUCAAAGGCUACAAGACCGUAUUCCCAUACCUUUUGAUGAGAAACAACUUGAACAUCAAGAAGCUCUGAAAGCAUUGUGGGAUGCUGCCUUUCCAAAUAUUGGGCUUAAAGGGAUGGUAUCUGAGCAAUGGAAAGAAAUGGGUUGGCAAGGACCUAAUCCAUCCACUGACUUUAGGGGUUGCGGUUUCAUUUCGCUCGAAAAUUUGCUGUUUUUCUCCAGGACGUUUCCGGCAUCUUUUCGUAGGUUAUUAUUGAAGGAAGGUGGUAAUCGAGCAACUUGGGAAUAUCCGUUUGCUGUUGCUGGCAUAAACAUUUCAUUUAUGUUGAUACAAAUGUUGGAUUUAAACUCAGAAAGACCAAGGUGCCUUCCAGGACUCAAUUUUGUGAGACUAUUAGGAGAAAACGAAGAAGCAUUCGACAUACUAUAUUGCGUAGCGUUCAAAAUGAUGGAUGCUCAGUGGGUUGCCAUGCAUGCUUCGUAUAUGGAGUUCAAUGAGGUGCUGCAAGAAACCAGAGCGCAGCUGGAAAGAGAGCUAUCUCUGGAUGAUGUUCACAGAAUAGAAGAUCUACCAGCUUAUAAUCUCUUAUAUCUCUCUAACUUAUCUUUUACUUCUCAACUUAAUACUUCUCUCUCUGCUUUCUUUUAG